AUGUCUAAACUACAGUUGUUCAACGCGUAUCUGACUGAACGAUUAACAGCAGCUGCUGCAGAGAUAUCCGUGGCAGUAGAGAGAACAAUAACAGAUUAUCAGGAAGAGAACGAACGUCUGCGACGACUGCUUGAUUUGUUAACCAAGCCAAAGUUUCAUAGAGCAGGUCUGUAUGGAAUCAAUGGGACAUCUAACUAAAUGUGAUAACAUAACAAUUUAAAUAGGGCACACUGCCUAGGUAAGCUAACGUUAGCUAGCUACACCCAAUGAUGCGUAUAAACCCUGGAUUGUUGAUGCUAUGUAAUGGACCAAUCGCGGGCUUUGAAGGGUCAUGGCUAGAAGGGAUCCAGCUUUUGUCAAUUUAACGUCCGAUUUGACUUUUUUCGUCGCAGGUUAGGAGACUUAGGUUAAGGUUAGCAAAAAUGCUAAAGAAUUCAACGGUUGACAUUAAUUUGACAAAAGCUGGAUCCCUUCUAGCCAUGACCGCUGCCAUUAUCCCAGAAGGAGUAGUCCUCCACAGGAAUGAAUGGAAUUCUACAGUAUUUCAAUAAAAUGACAAAAGUACAUGUAUUUAUUUGUUGUAGUGGGGACAGUAACAUUACUACUCAAAAAAUAUAUUUUAAGGAAUAGGUUAUAUAUUUUUAAAUAACAUUUUCAUGUUCAGUUCAAUUAGGGCACAGACACACAAAUAGCAUUUGCUGGUCGAGAGUACGUAGCUCCUUUUAACAUAACUUGCGAACCGAGUUUUACAUGUUGAAUCGUGUGAAAAAUGCCUACAGCCGGUGGUCGCCAAAACACAGCGCGCUGAACGAUCGGCAGACGUUUAAAGGCGCCCACCAGAGGGCAAUGCUGCCCCUAUUUCGACCUAAUUCCUGCUCUAGAGCGAUAACGCUUGUUUAGGUUUUACCUCCGAAGAAUGACGCAGGCUAGUUAUAUACAUAUUCACGAAUUGGGGGUGGGAAAUAAUGUCAUGGUGAUUUCCACGUGGAGUGGAGAAACAUUAACACAUAGGAAACUGACAGCUGUUAGUGUAGCUAGCUAGAAUGCUAACCUUAUCUAGCUAGAAUGCUAACCUUAUCUAGCUAGAAUGCUAACCUUAUCUAGCUAGAAUGCUAACCUUAUAGCUAGCUAAUGUUAUCUGUUGUUGCUGUUAUUGUUGUUUUUUUACUACAUCAUAUUCAAAAGGUGAGCCAGCUGGUUCUGGAGCUGGAUUUGUCAUAAGCAUUUAGGGAAAUCUUCGCCACAGACCAGUACCGGUACUCCUUGUAUGUAGUCUCAUUAUUGUUAUUUUAUUGUUACUAUUUCCUUGUUUAUUUUCUACCCACUUUUAAUACUUUUUAACCCUGCAUUGUUGGGAAAGGGCUUGUAAGUAAGCAUUUCACGGUAAAGUCUACACCUGUAGUAAUCGGCGCAUGUGACAGAUCAAAUUUGAUUUGAUUUGAAAGCAGUAUCUUCGACUUCACCAUCUAUUGUUAACUCCAAAGUUUUGGCGUCUUCCAUUAGAGACGUGCGUUUUUCUACAUUGUAAUUGACGGCGCAACCUUUUGUAGGUGAGCUACAAAGCCAAGUACAGCAAAGCCAAGUCAGCCCGUGCUCAUGGUUCUCACCGGAGAGGUGAAAUUAUAGGCUACAAUGACUUUGGUCAUGAUGCAUGUCGCAAAUGAGAUGUAACAACACCCAGAGUGCAUCAGACACAAAACACCAAUACAAAUGUAACAUCACAACAAAAUAGAUAAACAAGUUCCUUUCAUUUUCUUUUGCGGUACCUGUUCAUUAUAGGGUAGACACCUUGUGGUUUAGCUGCACUAAUCAAAGCAGUGAAGCGUGUAGUGAAGAAAGACUUUAGUGGUCAAAACCAUUCAUCUUGGGGCGACGGCGGGAGCAGGGUUGCAAAAUGCAAUCAUAUCACGCAAUUAUAGCAUUUAUAAAAUGGUUAUACAUGUAUAUACAAAUACACACUGAGUAUACAAAACUUUAAGAACACCUGCUCUUUCCGUGACAGAGUGACCAGGUGAAUCCAGGUAAAAGCUAUGUUCCCUUAUUGAUGUCACUUGUUAAAUUCAGUUCAAUCAGUGUAGAUGAAGGGGAGGAGACAGGUUAAAGAAGGAUGUUUAAGCCUUGAGACAAUUGAGACAUGGAUUGUGUAUAUGUGCCAUUCAGAGGGUGAAUGGGCAAGACAAACGUUUUAAGUGCCUUUGAACAGGGUAUGGUAGUAGGUGCCAGGGUGCACCAGUUUUGAGUGUGUCAAGAACUGCAACACUUUCUGGGUUUUUCAAACAGUUUCCUGUGUUUAUCAAGAAUGGUCCCCCCCCCCCCCCCCCCCCCCCCCCCCCCCCCCACCCCCCACCCCCACCCCACCCCCCACCCCCAAAGGACAUCCAGCCAACUUGGCACUACUGUGGGAAGCAUUGGAGUCAACAUGGGCCAGCAACCCGGUAGAACGCUUUCGACAUAGACGUAGAGUCCGUGCCCAUGUUAAUAAACAAUGCCAUGCUGGUGGGUGGUAACAUUAAAAUAAAACCCAGUCCUGAAAAGGAACGUAGACUGAAAAGUAUUAGCACGUCAUAUCAUAGGGCAUGGUUCUUCAAUUCCGGUCCUGGAGGGCCGAAACACUUCUGUUUUUUUAUUUCUACCUGGUAGUUAAUUGCACUCACCUGGUGUCCCAGGUCUGAAUUAGCCCCUGAUUAGAAGGAGAGGAUGAAAAACAGAGGUGUUUCGGCCCUCCAGGACCGGAAUUGAAGAACCCUGUCAUAGGGGAAACACGACAUUGACACGAGAGAAGAAAAAAAACACGAAGUCUCCACUCGGAUUUCCCACUUCAAACCCAGCUAUAUCAUACUUUGACUAAAACAAUGACUUGUUGACUUCAGUCUUUGUGCAACGUCAUGGGGUCAGCUCUGGGCAUCGUCUUUCAGUGGAAAAAAAUGUGCAUUUCUGCUCUUGUGGUACUUGAAUAUAAUUGUAAUGUAUGUAUUAAAGUUGUUAAUAGAAUACACGUGUCAAAAAACGAAUGUAGACAUUUAAUAAAAUCCAUUUCUAUAGCUUCCAAAACCUUUUUUUUUUUUUACAAUGGAGGAGUACCAAAAAAGUAUACAAAUGUAUGCACUCUGCUGCUAAAUUACUCAAAUUAACCGAAAUGGCUGCACGGUGGCUUCAAAACAGCGCCCCCUGCCAGUCAUUUAAGGUUAAUACAUAGCGUUGGCUUCACUAACUAGCUAGUUGUGAUAAAUCUUACAGUUAGCUGCAGACUGUAGUGAUAGCAGUAGGGCAUUUCUGCUGUAGGGCACAGGGAACUGUAUGAUACACUCAUUACAUUUUAAAUAUGAAAUUAUACAGCAAUAUUUCCCGUUUGUUUUCUUUUCAGACCCCCAGCAAUUCACUCUCCUUGUAUCUGAAGAGGAGGUUCCGCCUGAGCAGGAACACUGUGAGCAGGAGUGGAGCCCAAGUCUGGGGCAGGAGGACCCAGAGGCCACACAGAUUAAAGAGGAACACGAGGAGUUCAGGACCAGUCGGGGGGAAGAGCAGCUUCAAGGGCUGGAGGCUGACACCAAAGAGUCCACAUUCACUAGUGCCUGUGUGAAAAGUGACUGCAGUGAUCAGGGCCCACCUCAGCUCUCACAUCUUUACCAAACUCAAACGGUGGAGAACAGGGAGAGGGACUCUAUACCCACCAACACAACGGAAGAGAUCAAAACAGAACCUGAUGGACAGAACUACGGAGUAACAGAAGCUGAUGGACAGAACUACGGAGUAACAGAAGCUGAUGGACAGAACUACGGAGUAACAGAACCUGAUGGACAGAACUACGGAGUAACAGAACCAACUAGUGACUCUCAUCCUCUAUUUGCAGUAAAUCCUGGCUGUUCUGCAGCUCAGAGUGAAGCCAGUGACAAUGGGAUGGAACGUGGAGAACUGCUGCCGGGAUCUACACUACUCAAAUCAAACAGAACGUGGGUAAAACAAGGCCAAAGUUCCCAUACCAGUAUUGAUGACAAGACAGCCACACAGUUGCCCCAUUUUAAAUCCCCCAUUCAAAGCCAUUCUGUUCCUUUUUCUUGCAAGGUGUGUGGAAAUACUUUUGUUUUCAUGGAGCAUUUCAUCCAUCACGUGCGACAAGCACACACAAAGAACGACGACUGCCUGUGUGGCGUGUGUGGAGAAGACUUUGAGUCCACAGAU